AACCGUCCAAUCAGAAUCUAGACCAGCCUUCUUCAUAGCCAAUGAGGUUGCUCUGUGCUCUUCCCGAAAACAUGUCGCCCCUGAGAUUGUGUGUCCCAGGUGAGAAACUAUGCAGUGUAGGAGACUGUAAUCAAGGCACCGGAGUGUAUCAGCGACAUGGCUACAUCUACUCCUCCCUCGCUGGCUACGUAAUGAGGAAGAACGAGGGAGAGGAGCUGCCGGUGAUCUCAGUGGUGAGGGAAACUGAAGCACUGCUGCUGCCAGACGUUGGAGCCAUCGUCACCUGCAAGGUGACUGGCAUCAACUCCAGGUUUGCGAAGGUCCAUAUCCUCUAUGUGGGGUCCACUCCACUGAAAGACCGCUUCAGAGGGACCAUCAGAAAGGAAGACGUGCGAGAGUCGGAGAAAGACAAGGUGGACAUAUACAAAAGCUUCAGACCUGGUGACAUUGUCCUGGCAAAAGUCAUUUCGCUCGGGGACGUUCAGUCUACCUACCUGUUAACAACAGCUGAGAACGAGCUGGGCGUGGUGGUGGCUCACAGCGAAGCAGGUGCCCAGAUGAUUCCCAUCAGCUGGCGUGAGAUGCAGUGCCCGCAGACCAACGCCAAGGAGUUUCGUAAAGUGGCCCGAGUUCAGCCCGAGUAUCUGGAAGCCUGAGAGACCCUGAAAGUCUGUCGCAGCACCAACAAGCGACUCCUUUCGUCAAGCGGCCUCCCAACUCUUUCCCUGGGUGACAUGUGGUUCCUGGGCUACUUCUCAUAUCGGCUCAUUAAGUGUCUUAACGGCUUUACUUCUGCACGUUUUUCAUUGUGCUGGAUUGAACCCAGAGAGCUCAGUUUAUCUUUAUCAAAGGUCGGUUUGGCGGUUGCCAAGAUUUUACAAAAUCAAAAAAAAAAAAGGGUCAUUUUUGCACCAAGAGAGAAGUUUCUGUUCCAAACGCAGGAUCAGGGUUGUAUCGAUGCGUAUUAUGGCAGCAUCAGCCAGAACCGUCUUUGCCACCGUUUUGCUGGAAGAUGAAACUGUGUUACUGAUAAAAUCCAAAUUUCAGAGCCUCUUCUGCAGAGGCCAGGUCUAGACUCUUAUUGUAAUUAAAUUAAUUAUCAGCCCUGUCUGUUUUAACCCAGGGUGGAUUUAUAUUUUGGAUUUCUGGCCCUUGUGAGUUUGGAAUAUUUUAAACUGUCAUACAAAAAAUUUAUAAUAACAUAAAGCUAGUCAUUGCUGAACAUCUAGCAAAGUUUUCUGCCAAAUAAGUUUUAAAAAAAAAAAGUUUUAUUCCAAACCAACAACGUACCGGGGAUUUCUAAAGUCAUCUCACCGCUUUGAACAGUUUCAAAUCUUCACUUACCACAAUAUGUAAAGCAUUUAAUUAGGAAUUUAUGAGAUCGACAAAAAGUCUUGCAGUAAAGAGAAAUGGAAAGAAAAUGAUGCAUGCUUACAAAUAAAACAUCUGAAAUGUGUGGCGUACAUUUGGAUUCAGCACCCUUCACUUUGAUACGACCUCCGCCUAAAAAUACAGAGCAACAAGUCGCCUUCAAACGUCCCCUGACAGGUAAAUGGAGGUCGUCUGUGUGAGAUUUAAUGUCGGUGUGAAUCCAAAGGAAGGCAGAUUCAAAAGCGCGCCGCACCUUUCAGAUGUUUUAUUUGAAAACGUUUUGAAACCCAUGCAUCGUUUUUAUUUCACUUUAAGAUUAAGCACCACUUUGUGUUGGUUUAUCAUAUUAAAAGCCAGUAAAAAUCCACUGAAACUCGUAGUUGCAAUGCGAGAAGAUGCGAAAGCUCGCUGUACCUGAAACCAUUUUUGCACAAUUUUCUUUAAAUCAGCGGGUCUCAAACCGCGUUCCUCGAGGGCCGGUGUCCUCCACGCUUGAACUAAACGGCUCAAUCGCCUCGCUAACAUGCAGUGAAGCUCUACAGAUUAGCGGACGAUCUAAUAUUGGAGUCAGGCGUGCUGAAGCAGAGAGACGUGUACAAGUCGCAGGACACCGGCCAUUGAGGACCGGAGUUUGAGCCCGCUGCUUCAUGGGGAAAGGUCAGGUUUUAUUUGGGGUCAAAUGGAGUAAUUCUCUGUUAAGAACUGUUCCAUUAAAAGUGAAAUUUCUGCCACCUGGAAUAAGUCAGGCUUCAAAUGUGAGUGCUGUGUUCUGAAUUUCUACGCUGCAUCGUUUGGUCGACCGUAACAUUGUAACACAGAACGUGUCGACAUGGACUGCGGUCUGUGCUCCAACCAUACACUAAUGGUUUCAACAUGGACGGUAAUAAAAAAACAAAGACAAGGUAAAUUUAAAGGGCGCCUCUUUAACCUCGGUGAGGUUCUGCCGAGCGCCUUCUUUUACACACGCUCUCAUUUUAUACUGCUUUUAUAUGCGUAUAUACGAGAUGUAUAUAAGCGUAUCAAAGGGGAAUCAGGUGGUCAGUCCUGCUCAGGGACGCUUCGGCACCCUGUUCCCCAACCUUCUAAUUGGAAGAAGAUUACCCUGCUGUGGGUAAUGGAUGCAAUGUGUUAAAGCAACACGCUCACUUGAAGCAUUCUGCUUCAGUAGACUUGCAAGGUGGAAAGUUUCUCCUGAAUGGGCCUUUUCUGAGUAUUUACACGUCUUUCCUGACUGCUGUCUAUUGUUCCAAUACUCCAUUAAACCCCAUCAAAAAAUACUGAAACCCCUCAUUAAUUAAUUUACAAAAUUAAAUGAAAACAAAUUCGUCUUAAAACCUUAAAGUGGUUGGAACUUGGAUUUUUAUAACACAGGUUUUCUGUAUAAAGACAUGAAUUAGCAGUAGGCAUCUUUCCUGCAGAUUGUGCAGAUUCUGUGGCUGAUCUGUCGAUAGGAAUUUACAGAAAGAUGAUCCAUGUCGUAUAGCCUGUAUUUUUUGUAUCCUUGCAAGACUUUCUGUAUUUUUAAAGUGGAACUGGAAAGCCUAAAGCAAAGUGACUUUAACAAGGCUGCUAUGCUUGGAACACAAUGAAACACAAUGUAUGAUUCCAGCACAAUGUUCCCGCUGAAUGUCUGUGAGCCAUCACUAACAAACUUGAUUUUCUGCUUUUCUUAAAGUGAUCUUUUUCUUUUAUUAUUCUGUCCCUGACUGCUAAUGUGCAGGAUUGAAAUUAAAUGACUAUCAGAG